GACUCCCUUCCUGGGGGAGGGAGCCCCACUCUCAGCGAGAAAGGGUGCUGGGGAGGGCGCUUGGAGCCUGAGACUGGCACAGGCUGCUAGCAAGAAGCUGGAGGGGGUUUGGCUGAUAGGAGGAAGAAACAACUCCGUUCUUCUUUUAGCUCUGAAAUAGAAAAUGUCUGCAGAUGGUGGAGGCAUCCAGGACAAGGAGCGAGUCCAGGAGAUUCCAGGUCAUGGGCAUCCUUGUCAGGAAACGCUUUCUAGGGGAGAGAAGAUGGUGCCUUUGGGAGCCACUUGGGAGCCACCUCACAUUAAAAUAGAGCCAGAAGAGCCGCACCCUGAAGGGGCAUUGCAGGAGGACAGGACUCCAGGGGCAUGGGGCUGGGUGCCCCUAAGUCAUGGCUCUAAGGAGAAAGCUCUCUUCCUGCCUGGAAGAGCCCUCCCCUCACCCCAGAGCCCCAUGCUUUCCUGUGAGGGGAAGACCAGAGACCGGCAGAUGGCUGCAGCACUCCUCACUGCCUGGUCCCAGAUGCCAGUGACCUUUGAGGAUGUGGCUCUUUACCUUUCCCGAGAGGAGUGGGGACGGCUGGACCACACGCAACAGAACUUCUAUAGGGACAUCCUGCAGAGGAGAAAUGGCCUAUCCUUGGGGUUUCCCUUCAGCAGGCCUUUCUGGGCCGCCCAAGUUCAGGGCAAGGAUGAGGCCUCGAGCUCGAGCCAGCAGACAGGAGAUGAACCGGCGGAGAGAGGCAUGAGCACAGGAGUCCUGGAAGUUGGGCAGGAGGUGCUGAGCCCGUCCAUGGUGGCCCCUGGGGAUGUGAAGCCCUUCAGAACCAGGGCGGGAGGGGCCCAGGGGGGUAUGUUGCCAUUUGGGCAGCAAGCAGCUAGCGGCCGGAGCUCAGGGUCGUCUGAAGACACUGGACAGCCGGGUGCCCAGGAAGACGGGCAGGCAAAUCCAGCCCUGCUGGACGACAGUCUCCCAAUACCCCAAGAGGGUCAUGUCCCAGAGAAACCCAGGAAGGAGGAGAAGGGCACCCCAGAGAGUGGCGAGGAGGGCCUGGCCCUCGACGGCGAUGCCAACAAGAAGACCUACAAGUGUGACCAGUGUGGCAAGGGCUUCAGCUGGCACUCACACUUGGUGACGCACCGGCGCACGCACACGGGCGAGAAGCCCUACGCUUGCACGGACUGCGGCAAGCGCUUCGGCCGCAGCUCGCACCUUAUCCAGCACCAGAUCAUCCACACUGGCGAGAAGCCCUAUACCUGCCCCGCCUGCCGGAAGAGCUUCAGUCACCAUUCAACGCUGAUUCAGCACCAGCGCAUCCACACCGGAGAGAAACCCUAUGUGUGCGACCGCUGCGCCAAGCGCUUCACCCGCCGCUCGGACCUGGUCACCCACCAGGGCACCCAUACGGGCGCCAAGCCGCACAAGUGUCCCAUCUGCGGCAAGUGUUUCACGCAGAGCUCGGCGCUGGUCACACACCAGCGCACACACACAGGGGUCAAGCCCUACCCGUGCCCCGAGUGUGGCAAAUGCUUCAGCCAGCGCUCCAACCUCAUAGCGCACAACCGUACGCACACUGGUGAGAAGCCCUACCACUGUCUCGACUGCGGCAAGAGCUUCAGCCACAGCUCGCACCUCACUGCCCACCAGCGCACGCACCGUGGCGUCCGGCCUUACGCCUGUCAGCUCUGCGGCAAGAGCUUCAGCCGACGCUCCAACCUGCAUCGACACGAGAAGAUCCACACCUCGGGGCCCAAGGCCCUGGCCAUGCUGAUGCUGGGGGCGGCCGCGGCGGGGGCUCUGGCUGCAACCACACCCGCUCCUACCUAAGAGCAGGGGAGGGACCAGGCACCCAGGGCCCUUGGGACCCCUGCUUAAGUGGAGGACCUGGGGAAGGAGCUAGAGGGUGUGGGAAGGGAGCAAGGAUGGGGUGGGGCAGUGGCGUGGGAGGGGUGAGGGCGAAGAAGAGUUGGCACUCUAGUUGCACAUUAAAGGCCUU